AAUAUUAUAAUGCUUUUAUUCAAAUGUCAACAAAUUCAAGAUCACUAAAAUCUAGAAAUGGAACUAAGUAUUCUAUAUUAAUUGGUUAUGCUUCAGUACAAACAUCUCUGGAAAUGUUGAAUGUUAUAAUAUUUUUUACGGAAACUGAUAAAAUACCUUCUUGCAAUGACGGUAUACGUUUUUUAGAAAUGCACGAAAUGGCCAGAGUUAAGCGUGGAUAUGAAACGAAGUAUUCAAAUAGAAAUUUAUUUCGAAGAAAUCCUCAAACCUGCAAGGAACUUCUUGAACGAAGUCUUGAAUCUUUGGUUCGUUUCAGUGAAAAUGCUCUAGGGAUGAAAACUGCUGUUGUUAAGACAGAAUGUCAUCAUUUCGUCGCGGCAUCUUCAAAUAAUAACCAAUACGAGAACUCUUUUCAAUAUGACCAGACACCGACUUCGUAUAAAGCAAAACGUAAAAAGAUAAAUGAAAACAAUGGAAACCUCAUAUUAAGUCCCGAGCAUACUGAAGUGUUUAAAAUACGAGUAAAGAGAAACAUCAGCGGAGGCGAGGAAUUUCAAAAUCCUGAAAAUAGGAAAGCGAAGAAAUCUGACUGGGAUGUCUUAGAUAUUAUGUCGCAUGUGAGAUUUUCAUUCUUUGGAAAUCUGUUUGACAAUGAAAAAAAGAUGUUGUCCGAAGAAGAAAACGACGUAUUAACCAAUUUGAACGAAAAUUAUCCAGAUUUGUCUUCAUUAUUCGAAACUGUGAGAUCGACGUUGGAUAAUCUUCAAGAAACACCUUGCAAUGGGUUCCUUAUGGUCGUAUUCGGGGGACAUUUACACGAAAUAAGUGAUAUUCAUAGCCCUUUGACUCAAAGUUUGAAGCAUGUUAUUGAAGUAACUGAUCCGGAAAAUACUUUAAUCGUGGUUACUUCUGCCUGUCCCGAAAUUAAAAGGAAUGAACAUAAUAUUAUUGAGAUUAAAGAGGGUGUGAAGAUGGUACAGAAUCUCACGAUGCUACCUGUAUAUGCCAGAGGACCUAAAAGUGAAUGUUUGACACAAUGCACAGUAUUAUAUGACGUCCCAUUAAGUGUGAAAAAUAUACUGGAAGAAAUUUCUCCUGCGUUUAAAAGAACUUGAUAAUCGGCGUUGCCACAGCAUUAAAGCCAUAUUCAUACAAAUAUGACUAUGGGUAUGGUAUCAAGAAUCCUGGAUACAAUUGCGCUAUAAGUU